AUGAGAUGCUCGAUUCCAGAUAUCGGACAUUCGAGCGUAGUCAGUCUAGAAAAUGAUGGCACGAAUGUAUGUUGCGAGUGUCACAGAAACGACGAAGAAGAAACGCUGGCUGCGGUCCAGGAAAAUGAUCAAUUGCCGUCUAAAUAUCUUGUACAAAGAAUUUUUCGGUUGUUAUUACCCGCGUUGGAGGAAACACUUAGCGAAGCCUCUAAAUGGAACGCUUUACGGGUCCAAAAGUGUCGUUUCAAUGGUCUCGACUAUAUCGCGGAGAUUUUGUGGAAUAACAAUCCGAGUCGUUCCAAGAAAUUUUCACCCCGAUUGAACGCAUUUGACAUUCCACUGUUUAAGCAAUGGUUGAGUCUGCGGCCGCCUUAUCCAAAAUCGUGGCUGUGGUCCCAGGAAGAAGCGACAUUGCACUUGCAACGAUAUGUUCGUGGUUGGCUCGUAAGAAAACGCGCGGAUGUUCAGGAAAUGAGGCAAUUUUGGAAGGAUAUCGCUGCGAAAAAUUUGACCCGAAAAGAGACGACCAGCACCAUUGAGCAACAAAGAAUUCGUAUUCCAGGUGAAGUACAAAUCAACGGUGAUGGUAUAAUGGACGACGAUUCGGAUCGUUGCAAAAAAUAUCGCUGGAUGGUUUAUGCGAAUAAAGCGAGCAUCGCGAGAACGAAAGAUACGUUUUAAAUCUACGA